AUGGACCCACCACGGCGACGGCCCGUACCUCAAAGUGCUGACAGCUACAGCGGGCGACCCAUGCUGGAUCCCAAUGAUUCAACAUUGUCGAAAACUACGCCGCCUUCAGCCACGAUAGAUGCGCCCCGGCCAUUACGCUUCGCUCGAUCCGCAACGAACCUGCGAUCGGCUCACCAGCGACCAUCAACUGGAAUAUCUGACCGUGAUGGCGGAUUGCCAGUCGGCUUUGUCGUUGACGAUGUACCGCCCCCACCGUAUCUCUUGUCAGCUCCAACAUAUCACAGCGGGGCUGCCGUGGACAACGGGGGACUACGCCGUGUCAGGAGCUCAUCAGCCUUGUCCGCUCAAGACCAACUGAAUUACCCCAAUGUCGCUCAACAAGAGGACGACCAGGUGAAGCCACAGAGUCGGUGGAACGCAGCUCUGGGUGAGGCACAAUACUUUGCAGGUGGGCUCAUCACCCGGCCUGCUGAAUCGACACGCCACCACACCAUAAUCCGACACUCGCACGCGCUUGUCUGGUACCGCGGCCCCUCGACAUCGGUAUCCAUUACAAUUCUCUCGGACACCGAGCUUCCAUCAACGCGCACAAUAUGGAUCCAGCAAAAAGGCUACUCUGGCAACAUGGGCAUGAACCUCAAGGCCCUUGUGGGCACAACGGGUAGCUGGCUCGACGUGACGCCUGAGACAAAGGCCGGCCCUGAGCACCUACCUGACAUCGAGGAAAGAGGGAUCCAGCGUGAUCUGGGCCGCUUCAUCAAGAAAUCCAGUGGGAGGCAAAAGAAGCAUGUUCCCCGUGAGACGCUGAUUGUGCGCAUCCCCGCUGCUGCGACGGACGGAUAUUUUCGACUGGUUCUGUGCAGCGACAAGGAUGGGAAAAAGGUGCUCUGUGGGUGUCCCGUUUUUAGGGUGGCCAGUACGAGCGCAGAUGCAAGUGUGAUGCGCGGCGCAAGCCUCAAGACUAUACCUCUAGAGGUGGGUGUCAAGGUUGGUAGUACGGUCGCUCAGCAAUUCGCCAAACGCUACACCGGGCCAGCUUCCCUUAUACUUGAGAGCAAGGCUGCCAAGGUUGUGUCUCAUAAGACAGUCAAAACGGGGGCCUCUCUAGGCAUGACAGCGCUACAGACGACGGGCAUUGAUCAGGCCGUUAUGGAGAGUUGGAAGAAGCAUAAGGUUACACGCUACGAUCCCAUUCUCCACGAUACAGCUUUGCUACCCGUGCUCGGUCCAGACAGCGGCCCAGAGGAUCCUUUUCCUCUUGCCUUUGAUGGAAGGGUUUCCAAAGGGACGGGCAUAUCCACGACGGAAUUGGGGCUACCUACAGCAAACUUGCGAGGCGUACGUGACGAGAUCAAGAUGCGAUUGAAGGGGGUGUAUGCUGCCUGGGCUUGUGUUUCCGUCCCAUCGAAUAAUCCUAACGAUGGUGUCUCUGGUGACUGGUAUCCGGCCAUUGUGACAAUUGCGCCUCUCCGAUACGCGCCCCCUGAGGUCGUCAUGAAGAACCGUGUCGCAGUGCACUUGAUGCACGACUUCUCCGGUGCUUUGUUUUACGAUAUGAAGGUCAAGGCUGUCCUGGUGGGGUACUUGCACCCGCCAAUGCCGAGGGAUGCGGACCUGGUUGACGUCGUCCGGCAGCAUGAUGAAGAUGUAAUAUCAAUCAUGGCCAGCCUUGGGCGUGAGAUGUGGUCUGCUGAACGUGUCAUAAAUAGACACGAUGAAACCCUGGAUCGUGUAGGCGCUGUUGUGGGGUCUGUCCAGGGCCGUAUUGAUCGUGUCCCGCUGCACUUGGCUGGCGUGAGGAGUGAAAUUGCAACACUGAGAGACAAGGUUUACGGCAAUGGAGGCAUAUGGAUUCCUCGCUGA